AUUUCAAGAAUUGCAGUGUUGGGUGAUGAUAAAAUUGGAAAGACAAUCCUUCAUCAUAGAGCAUUUGGAGGUGAACCAUUUUCAGAGAUUUACACUUGGACCAUUGGUGUCGAGUUUUUCAAUCGAAUUAAUACUCAAAAUUUAUUGAGAAUGCAUUCGUGGGAUUCUGGUGGUAAUGAACGAUUUAGGGAAAUUGUUUGGGGAUAUCACAAGACUGUAAAGAGUCACUUUUAUUGUUUUGAUUUGAAUAAUCACAAUUCUUUUGAGAAUGCCAAGAAAUUAUUCUACUCUUGGAAGGAAAGAUUUUUACAAACUGAAACUGUCGAGUCAUUUUUGCAAAGUAAUGAAUCGUGCAUUCUUCUACUGGGAUUGAAAUCAGAUUUGGAGCAUAAAGUGACUCGAGAUGAA